AUGACAGUGUUCCAGACAUGCUACAGAGUACCUAUAAAGGGACUUUCCAAUGAGAGUGUUCCAGACAUGUGCUACAGAGUACCAAUAAAGGUACUUUCCAAUGAGAGUGUUCCAGACAUGUGCUACAGAGUAUCUAUAAAGGGACUUUCCAAUGACCGUGCUCCAGACAUGUGCUACAGAGUACCUGUAAAGGGACUUUUUAAUGACAGUGUUCCAGACAUGUGCUACAGAGUACCUAUAAAGGGACUUUCCAAUGACAGUGUUCCAGACUUGUGCUACAGAGUACCUAUAAAGGGACUUUCCAAUGAGAGUGUUCCAGACAUCUGCUACAGAGUACCUUUAAAGGGACUUUCCAAUGACAGUGUUCCAGACAUGUGCUACAGAGUACCUAUAAAGGGACUUUCCAAUGACCGUGCUCCAGACAUGUGCUACAGAGUACCUAUAAAGGGACUUUUUAAUGACAGUGUUCCAGACAUGUGCUACAGAGUACCUAUAAAGGGACUUUCCAAUGACAGUGUUCCAGACUUGUGCUACAGAGUACCUAUAAAGGGACUUUCCAAUGAGAGUGUUCCAGACAUCUGCUACAGAGUACCUUUAAAGGGACUUUCCAAUGACAGUGUUCCAGACAUGUGCUACAGAGUACCUAUAAAGGGACUUUCCAAUGAGAGUGUUCCAGACAUGCUACAGAGUGCCUAUAAAGGGACUUUCCAAUGA